GGGCUAGUUAGUGUGGCUUGGAGCAGCAGUUGACGACGUUCUCCAUCUUGUCUCCCGAGACCAGAACACCAUCGGCUGGUCUCCUAAAGAUUAAGGAACGCAAUGUGGAAGUGUUAUUCUGCUACGAGCCCUAUGAUGAAGUAGUUCUCAUGCAGCUACGGGAAUUCACUAACAGGAAAAUUGUUUCUGUAGAGAAAGAAAUGCGUCAGGAUAAAGAAGCAGUUGAUAACGAAGGAAUGUCAGCUGAGAGUAGUCUUCGUCGUUCCCAAGCAAAUGAAUUUAUGGACUGGCUAAAAACUGUGUUGGCUGGACGAUGUUGGGGAGUGAAGGCUACUUCUCGUCUGGAGUCGCAUCCAUGUGUCAUCACUGUGGAAGACAUGGGUGCAGCAAGACACUUCGUACGCACUCAAUUUACACAGUACCCGAAGAGACCAGAUACUCACUUUUGCAGCCUCAGUUGGAAAUUAAUCCAAGGAGUGUGACACGUGUGGACAAGUGUUGGAUCAGAAGAAUCAAGGAACGCAAUGUGGAAGUGUUAUUCUGCUACGAGGCCUAUGAUGAAGCAGUUCUCAUGCAGCUACGGGAAUUCACUAACAGGAAAAUUGUUUCUGUAGAGAAAGAAAUGCGUCAGGAUAAAGAAGCAGUUGAUAACGAAGGAAUGUCAGCUGAGAGUAGUCUUCGUCGUUCCCAAGCAAAUGAAUUGAUGGACUGGCUAAAAACUGUGUUGGCUGGACGAUGUUGGGGAGUGAAGGCUACUUCUCGUCUGGAGUCGCAUCCAUGUGUCAUCACUGUGGAAGAGAUGGGUGCAGCAAGACACUUCGUACGCACUCAAUUUACACAGUACCCGAAGAGACCAGAUACUCACUUUUGCAGCCACAGUUGGAAAUUAAUCCAAGGAGUGUGGCACGUGUGGACAAGUGUUGGAUCAGAGGAGUCAAGGAACGCAAUGUGGAAGUGUUAUUCUGCUACGAGGCCUAUGAUGAAGUAGUUCUCAUGCAGCUACGGGAAUUCACUAACAGGAAAAUUGUUUCUGUAGAGAAAGAAAUGCGUCAGGAUAAAGAAGCAGUUGAUUACGAAGGAACUGAGAGUAGUCUUCGUCGUUCCCAAGCAACUGAAUUGAUGGACUGGCUAAAAACUGUGUUGACUGGACGA